ACCACAGACCACCCUCUUGAGCUCUGAGAGAAAGAGAGAGAGAGCGCGCGCGCGCGCUCGUGUGAAGAGAGAGAGAGAUAGAGCGCGAGCGUCACUUUAGCAAGUGUCACCCCAAAACAACGACAAAAGUUGUGGACACGCAAACAACGCUGGAAGAUGGAGCAACAUUCUAUUGUAAAAAAGCCAUCUGUGGCCGAACUAGCUGGGAAAUUCAGUUGUCAAAUGCCCCAUAUGACAGAUGCUGAAGUGAACAAGCCAGUGAGGAGGAGGCCCCCACGCUCACUGCAGCUACCUGUCAAUAAUGAUGCAGGUCAAGGCCAGAAUGAGAAAGGGACAGCAACAACAUCACCCAGAAAGAAUAGAAACUCUGCCCUCAUUGAGAAACUACAGGCCAGCCUUACACUGUCUCCAACGGCCCCACCGACCUUUCCCAAGAGCGUGGGGGUGGUGAAGUUGCCAGUGUCGCCCAGCUCCCCCAGCAGUCCCUCUAGUCCUUCUGUAACUCUUACGCCCAAACAGGAGGAAGCUCCUGCUAGCUUUGAGGGUCCUGCCGAAGGAAACAUUCUCAAAAGCAUCAACAAGGGUAGAGCUCGCCAUUCAAUCAAGCGCCGGCCACCAUCUCGCAGAAACAGGAAGUCCAGCACAGAUGAAUGUGGAGAAGAGGUGGAUAAGGCAGCCUCAGCUGCCCUUGAACACACAACUCCAAACGGGCAUGAGAGAGAUGUGUUUGAGGAUCAGAAGGCAUCUGACACAGCAUUGUUGUCCUCAGAAGAACAGAUUGUACUAGAAACUACAUCAACAGAUUCAGAAAAGACCAGCAUAAAAGAGGCAGAACCAGAGACAGUGGAGACUGUGACUGUGAAAGAAGUAGAAGAGGAAGAAGAAAAGACAGAACAAGAACAAAAGGAAGAGAAACGUGAUGAAGAACCACAGUUAGCUGACAACACAGAGUCUACAGUGCAAGAAGAUGCAUGUGAAGAGCCAGUCACUCAACAUACAGAACCUGACACAAUAACAGAUGAGAAAGAACAGGAACAGAAAGAAGAAGAGGAAGUAAAGCAUUAGAGCCAAGAGUGCUCUGCAUAGAGAAGAAAGUUCAAAUCAACUGCUUCACAACAAACAACUUCUCAAAACAGCAAGGCAACAGCAGAAAAAUAAAUAAUGUGAAUAACUUGGUCAAAGAAUAACAGUAUGACUGCAGUCAUAUGCCAAAUGUUCAUAAUUCUCAAAGUGAAACCCUCAGUUGCAGAGAACAAGAGUAACAGUAAAAUUGGGUAUAUCAGAUGUGUUUGAUUUUAGAUAUACUUUUUGUCUUUUGUAUAUAAUUUUUAGUCCCCACUAUUUUAAUUCUGUUUUUUUUUUUGUUGUUCAUAGUUGUAUUGCUUUAAAAAAAAAAAAAAAAAUCAGUUGAUCUUGCGCUUUGAGUCUUGCUAAUAACACAGAAAAAAUAUCCAAAAAUAAUGAACCUGUCACUUGUCUAUUCAAAGUGUUGGCUGUAAAACAAAUAUUAACAUUUAUAAUUAAAUAUGCAUUUUAAGUUUUAUAUUAUGCAGUAUCAUUAAAGGGAUAGUUCACCCAAAAAUGAAAAUUCUCUCAUCAUUUGCUCACCCUUAUGCCAUCACAGAUGUGACUUUUUUUCUUCUGCCGAAUGUCUUCUGAAGCGAUCCAGUUGGUUUUGGGUGAGAAAAGACUCAAAUGUAACUCCUUUUCACUGUACAUCUUGCCAUUUCAGACUCUUGGCAUGAUCAUGAUUUCAAGCUUGGUUAUAUUUCCUAGUUCUUGGCGCAUACGCAGAGCACUAGAUGGCGCCAUAGGAAGUGUAAUCAAGCUUGAAAUAAUGAUAACCAAGGAGACUGCUGUCAGUGAAAAAGGAGUUAUAUUUUGGUCUGUUUUCAACCAAAACGAACUGGAUCGCUUUAGAAGACAUUGAUUAAACCGAUGAUGUCUGAUGGAUUAAGUUUAUGCUGACUUCAUCUCCUUAAUGGAGCUUUUGGAGGUCUGGUCACCAUUCACUUGCAUUGUGAGGACCUAGAGAGCUGAGAUAUUCUUCUAAAAAUCUUAAUUUGUGUUCAGCAGAAGAAAGACAGUCAUACACAUCUGGGAUGCAUGAGUACAUGAUGAGAGAAUUAAACAUUUUGGUUGAACUAUCCUUUUAUGAUGGAAAGUUCUUUCUAUCAAGAAGUGUCAGUUGAGGUUGUGAUCCUGUACCUGGUCCCAAUCUGUCUUUUGGCAGAAUAUAUGUAGUAAUCUGAUGUUAAAUGUUCACGUUUCACAAUAUUUUACAUGUAAAUGAUGCAAAAAUGAUUCAUUUCAUAUUUCUCUGUAAAAUACAUCUUUUAAUCAGGGCAUUUGCAGAUUUUACAGAACUUUCUUCUUGUCUGUGCUGACCUCAUGGAAAUGUGAGUGAGGUACAGAUUAUCAUUUAAAUAGGACAUUUCUCAUCGUUCCUCGCUAAGCUUGUAUUCUCCUUUUUAAUAUUGCCAAUGAACACAUCACACUUGUAUAUUUAAAUAACUGCAAAAUGGCAAAGAUCCUGCUAUGCUAAUAAAUGAAAUGAUUCAGAAAUGUUAAGCAGUCACAAUCAGAUA